AUGGAAGCUAAAAACAAAACAGCUAUUUCAGAAUUUUUUCUCCUGGGACUGAUGGAUAAUCUAGAACUGCAGCCCCUAAUCUUCAGCCUGUUCCUGUCCAUGUACCUGGUCACUAUCCAAGGAAACCUACUCAUGAUCCUGGCUGUCAGUUUUGACUCUCACCUCCACACCCCCAUGUACUUCUUCCUCUACAGCCUGUCCCUUAAUGACAUCUGUUUAAACACUACAACAGCUCCAAAGAUGCUGGUGAGCAUCCAAACACAGGAUCACAGCAUCACCCAAAGAGGCUGCCUUGCUCAGAUCUAUUUAGUCUUGGUUUUUAGUGGUUUGGAGACUUGUCUCCUUGCAGCAAUGGUCUAUGACCGCUAUGUGGCCAUCUGCCAUCCCCUUAGAUAUGCAGUCAUCCUGAACAUCUGCAUGUGUGUUUCACUGACUCUCUUCUUCUUGUUCAUUAGCAUCACGGAUGGAGUGCUACACAGUCUGAUGAUGUUGAGUCUGUCCUUCUGCACAGAGCUGAGAAUCCCCCACUUUUUCUGUGAAUUUGCCCAAGUUAUCAGGCUCACUUGUUCUGACACUUUGGUAGGUAACAUAGUCAUAUAUAUUGAGGUUUGCAUUUUGGGUGGUGUUCCUGCAUUUGGAAUCAUUUUGUCUUAUAUUCACAUUGUGUCAUCUAUAUUGAGAAUGCCCUCGCCUGAAGGGAAGUUUAAGGCUUUUUCUACCUGUGGCUCUCAUCUCUCAGUUGUUACCUUGUUGUAUGGGACAGGUUUUGGGGUGUACAUUAGUUCUGCAGUAACAGACUCAAUGCAAAAGGUUGCAAUGGCUUCAGUAAUGUAUUCUGCGGUCUCGCAAAUGGUGAACCCCUUUAUCUAUAGCCUGAGGAAAAGCGAUAUGAGGGCCGCUUUGUGGAAACUUAUUGCUAGGAUAGCCUCUCUUCUGUGA